GCCUCGAUCGAUCAGGUGCAAUUCUUUAGCAAGUCCUGCAACACACACGACCUCCAGUUUUGCAGAAAUGGAGCUCAAGGCGGCUGCUCUCGUCAGCGCAUUGCUUUGCCUGGCGCUCUCCCGCGGCGCGCUGUCCCAGAGGGCACGGGCGCCGAUCGUCGAGACCCCGGCGCCGGCGCCGGCCCCGCGCCACGUCGAGCUCGCCGAGCUGCUCUCCCUAGCCGGGCCUUACGGAAAGUUCCUGGAGUACCUCACCAAGACCGACGUGAUCAAGACGUUUCAGAGCCAGGCCAACGACACCAAGCAGGGCAUCACCGUGUUCGCGCCUCAAGACUCGGCGUUCGCCGCCCUCAACGAGACCGUGCUGUCCAACCUCACCGCCGACCAGCUCCGGUCGCUCAUGCUGCACCACGCCAUGCCCAGGUACUACCAGCUCUCGGCCUUCUCCGCGCUGGCGGCGGCGAGCCCGGUGUCCAUGUUCGCGUACAAGGUUAACGUCACCUACGCCGCCGGCACGAUCGGCGUCGUGUCGGGCUGGGCCACCGCCAAGCUCGCCAGCAGCGUGUACUCGACGUCGCCCGUCGCGGUGUACGCGCUCAACAGGGUGCUGCUGCCCAAGGAGAUCUUCCCGGCCGCUCCGGAGAUGGCGCCCGUGCCUGCGCCGGCGCCGGCGCCGGGACGUGGGGGCAAGGCGAUGGCCGACGCGCCGGGCGCCAGCGAGCGUGCUGCCAGUGACAAUGCGGGCGCCAAGAGUUCGUCGUGCCGGGUCGUCGGCGCAGGGAGCCUUGUGCUUGGCUACGUGGUUCUGGUGGUCUCCGGGUUUUUGAUGGUGUAGUCUGAUAAUUCUGUACAUGCAUUGGCACGAACCAUGAUUUUUUUUUUAUUCCCUUCCGGAAAGUGUUACCAAAUUCGUUUAUUCCGCCGAAAUGGUGUACAACAUAAUGUAAACGGUGCACAUCGUAAUGUAUGCACUGCUUGUAUGUA